CCCUUGGAGGAAAUGUAGGCACAGACGCGCUCGGGCCUCUUCGUCUCGCCCGCAACCGCCGUUUAGGAGCAGACCAGUUGAAUUCUUUUGGCAAUAACAGCAACUUCUAGACGUCAAAAUGAAAGUGUCCAGCAUAGACUGCCGGCGUCUGAGAAAGAUCAUCAGGAAGGAGUGUGGGAGCUGCCUUAUUGUGGAUUGCCGACCUUUUUUUUCAUUCACGAAUUCCAAUAUUAAAGGUUCUGUCAAUGUCAACCUCAACUCAGUGGUGGUCCGGAGGUCUCGAGGAGGGCCGGUUCCUCUCCAGUUUGUCAUUCCGGAUGAGAAAGCGCUGUUUCGGCUUCGGGAGGGGAGCAUAUCAGCUAUCGUAGCUCUGGAUGACCGGACGUCCCACUGGCAAAAGCUGAAAAAAGACAGUGUAGCACAAAUAGUAAUAAACACCCUCUCACAUCUAGCGAGCGGGGCAAACAUCUGUUUCCUGAAAGGAGGAUACCAGAACUUCCACUCUCAAUACCCUGAACUUUGCACUGAGGUGAAAACCAUCGACCAGAGCGGAAGUGAAACUGACAGAAGAGUCAGCAGUCACAGUGAGAAGCUUUGUCACCACAAACCAGACUAUGAUCAGGGUAAACCUGUAGAGAUCCUGCCUUUCCUCUACCUCGGUAGUGCCUACCAUGCCUCCAGACAGGACUAUCUCAGCGACCUUCACAUCACGGCCUUGCUCAAUGUGUCACGCAGGGACCUGCGGCCAGAAAAGGGCCACUACGACUACAAGUGGAUCCCAGUGGAGGACAGCCACAUGGCUGACAUAAGCUCCCACUUCCAGGAGGCCAUUGAGUUUAUUGAUCAUGUGAGGCAAUCAGGGGGAAAGGUCCUGGUCCACUGCGAAGCAGGAAUCUCACGCUCACCUACCAUCUGCAUGGCCUACAUCAUGAGGACACAGCAGGUGCAGCUGGAUGCAGCCUUUGAGAUCAUCAAACAGCGCCGGUCAAUCAUCUCACCUAACUUCAGUUUUAUGGGUCAGCUGCUGCAGUUUGAGUCAGAGGUUCUCUCUAUGGCCCCGGCUCAUACUGCCAUACGUGAACCGGCCACACCCUGUGCCCCAGAGUCUGCCUCCUUUUUUGCCAAUGACGUUGCCCCCACAUUCAACACCAAAAACUUUGAGCCAUCUGUGUUCACCCUCCCUACCUCUUGCCUGCAGUCCCCAGUCCAUCACCAGUUAAAACUGAGCCCAAUAACUGCACUGCCUUAAAAUGAACUAUGAGUACUAUAUAAUCUUACUUGAAAAAAAUAAAAUCUAAUGUUCUCUGUUUGCUUGGUGUUGAACUCAGCAGAGCAGAUAGACUGGAGAUCAGUGACAGAAUCAGUGAAGAGUCAAGAUAAUAGUAUUAAUUCACAGACUUUGAGGCCUAUGAAAUCUACGGGUUGCAAACACUGAUACUGUUUUCCUGUCUUGUGAACUGCAGAGGUGAAACAACAGCACAGUGAUAAACUGCAAUAUACUUGCCUUAGGUUGAUAUUGUGAUUUAUUUGCCUAUUCACAAAUACAGUCAGGCAUUUAAACCUAAUUUAUUUGAAAGUUACAGUCCGUCCGAUUUUUUUAAAAUCAUGUGGAUAUAAAUGUGUUGUUUAAUAAAUGUU